UUGUACUUAUCAAACAUUAGUCAGGCAGAGCCAAAGAGUAACAGGCAGACAUUCUUUUCAACGGUUUUCAAAGGCAAUUGGCAAUCGAACGGACUUACUAUGGAGUACAUAUUGGAAAUAGCCGAGGCGGUUGAUCAGCAAUCGAAGGAGGAACAGGAAGAAAUCAAUCGGUUCAAGUCCGUCUACACAAUCAAUGGCAAGGCCAUAUUGUCGCCCCUGAUGACGCCUGAGCGUCGCCAGGAGAUGCAGAGUCUUCGCCGCGCUGCCAUGGCCAUAGAGGAUCAGGUGGAACAGCGGGCCCAGGCGCCAAGCGAGACCAAGAGGUACACUCUGAAGCACAAGCACGUAGCAGUCGGCAGCGGUUGCAGCCUUAUGGAUGCGAGUACCAACACCGAGGGUGGAUCGGAGCUGAAGCAGCAGCCGCUGACUGUCGUUGGCCGCAUCAAGCAGCAGCUACAGCUUUCGGAGACGCUGAUCUAUGACAACAAAUGCAAUGCCAUUAUCAAGUUCAUCAAACCGACGAAAUCAACGGUCAAACAGCAAAUGAUGUGCGAGGAAUACUUGCAGCUCAAGCCACAACAGGCACUCCUUAUAGAAGUGGGGCCCAAGUAUGGCGCCAUGUUAAGCACCACACUGGCAGCGGCCGAGUCUUUGCCUAAACAAGUGCCAAGUCUGCCGUGCCUUCCUUUGCAAUCUCAGGAGCUGGCAACGACUAUGUCCGAGCCCAACCAAGACGGCAUUGAUAAGCUGAAUCAGGACGGCAAACUAUCAAACAGAAUGCAGACCAUGAGGCAACUGCUGAGCGUCGCUCAGAUGCUGAAGCUGUCGAUUAACAGGCGAGAACGCGAGCUGCUGCACCGCGCGAUCACGAGUCCUGCGCUGCGCCCGAGAGCUGAUAAUGUGACGCCCUGCGACCACGACACUUAUCGCAGCGAGCGACUGCAUCCGCAGCUGUGGAAGCGCUAUCACUCCUACUCACUUAACUAUGAGUUGGGUGCACAGGAGAAGGAGGUGGCGGCCUCGGCGGCGGCGGCGGCGGCGGCGGCUGAGCCGGCGGUGGUGGUGCCCCGUACGCCGACCAGUGCUGCAACAAAGACGUCGAAUCUGAAUGUGUCAAGUGUUGCUCCAUCGCCCAGCAAGAUACAGGUGAAGCAGCAGCACUCGACACCGGACCAGCGGACCAAUAAGUCUGUCCUGUCCGCGCUGCCCAAGCGCUCGAGCAAUAGCAAAAGCGGCAAGCGGACGCCGCGCGCUCGCAGCACUGUCAGCUAUGCGGCGCAUGCCUCCUCGCAUGCCAACGCCGUGCAGCAGGGCGCCAACGAUAGCAGCACGAGGAUCAGCAGCACGCAGCGUCGGCUCAGCUAUGAUCCACGUGCCACAAUCAAGCGUGCCGCGGCGCUGAGGAAGGCCGAAUCAAGCAGCAGCUGCGGCAGGCUGCCCACAGCCACGAAAUCGCCAUCGAACAGCAAUGUCGUUCAGGCGGCGGCGACAGCUCCCAGUGCUGAGUGCAGCACAUCGGAGCUGAUUAGGCGCAAGCUGCUGGACGACAUGGAAGAGCAGCAUCGGCAACGGUUCCAGCAUUUGGUCUCGCAGCAGGCAGAGGAGCAGCAACGCAUGCAGGCCGAGUUCCAGUCACAGCAGCAGCAGUUGAUGGACCAAAUGAUCUGUGACCUGAGCACAAUGACCUACGACAAGGACGAACAGACUGAUCAGGCCAACUCGGAGUCCAGUUCGAUCAACUCGCUGCCUCAGAGCCGCCUCGACCUGGAGCUAGACGAACCGGAGACAGCGGACUCAUAAAAUCACGUUUGUAUUAAAUCCCCGCGUCUGUAUUCUGAGUGUUUGCGUGUAUUAAUACAAAAUAAAAAUCAGAAUUCGCUUGCGUAACGU